AUGUCGAAUAUUUACAAUCAUAGGCAAAUUGUUCCCGGUGGUGCAGGUGGAACGAGUCGAGUUAAUGAACUCUUGGAAGCCCUAAAACAAGAAUUUGACACCCUUCAACAAGAAGCAGCUAUGUAUAAAAUGCAGCGAGAUGACCUUGAACAUAAAGUUCAACAACAGACUGAUGAAGUUAAUCUUAUUCGUCAAGGAUUAUACGAUUUACAAAAUACACAAAAGAACAUAAAAGCACAAUACGAUAGUGACAUACGCGCUCUUCAGCGUGAGAUGGAACAACAAAGAUUACAUUCUCAUCCUUCAUCUAGUUCUCAUUCCCAACCACCAUCACACCCUCAACCUCCUCCCCCAACCAUUGGUCAAGGACAAAGUAAUAUAUUUGGUGCAAUCAUGAGCGGUGGUGGUGGUGGUCAACAAGUUCUUGUAGCCCCACCUCAAAUGUCUAUAGAUCCUUCUCAGCAACCUCCGCCAGGCGGUCAAGGUCACCCUGGUGCUUAUCCUGGUCCAGGUGGCCCUCCACAAAGCGUUUCUCAAUCUGGUGGUAGUUCCGCACCUUCUCCAUAUUUGAAUGGUGGUGGUCCACCACCACCUUUGUCACAGCAACAUGCCAACAAACGACAACGUAUGGAAGAGAGUGGUCCCCCAAGUGGCCCUCAGGGACCUAUGGGACUCCCACCUAAUUCUCAACAAGCCCCUUCGGGUUUGUAUGGUAGUAAUGGAAUUCCACCCGGUCCAACAAGUCAGCAAUCAUUAAAUCAAGGGGGUUACAUUACAAACGUCGGUCAAAGCAGUAAACCCGUUAAUAAAAUGCCAAAGAUGCCCCAGAAUCUUGGACCUGAAGGUCCUCAAAGUUCCGGAGUUCCUCCUAAUGGUAAUGCUCCACCUUCUGGUCCUCAAUCUAAUAAACGUAAAAAUAAUCCUAAUAUGGGCCCAUUACCGCCCGGUAAUCGUCCACCUACUAAACAAGGUUCACUUAGUGGCGCUCAACCUGGAUUAGGCGAUAUGGAUCCCGAAACUGUUCCCGCUCAAUUGAAGAGGGAGGGUGGCGAUUGGUUUGCCAUUUUCAACCCUAAAGUCCCGCGCGUUCUCGAUGUCGAAUUAAUCCACACAUUGGACCAUUCUAGCGUUGUAUGUUGUGUAAAAUUCAGCGCCGACGGAAAAUACCUUGCUACUGGCUGCAAUAGAAUCGCUCAAAUUUAUGAUGUUAGUUCCGGACAAAAAAUCUGCGUUUUGGAUGAUACCAAUGUUGAUAAAUCCGGCGACUUAUAUAUCCGCAGUGUAUGCUUUAGUCCCGAUGGGAAAUAUUUGGCGACUGGUGCCGAGGAUAAACAAAUCAGAAUCUGGGACAUUCAUACUCAAACCAUCCGUAAAUUCUUCACUGGUCACGAACAAGACAUAUAUUCACUUGACUUUUCACGCGAUGGUCGUUUCAUUGUUUCCGGGUCAGGUGAUAAGACAGCUCGCGUCUGGGACAUGGUAUCCGGAGAAUUGUUGUACAAACUUCCAAUCGAUGAACCCAGUCAAAAGGAUGCUGGUGUUACCAGUGUCGCCAUAAGCCCCGAUGCUCUUUAUGUUGCCGCAGGUUCAUUGGAUAAAAUAGUGCGAGUGUGGGAUGCACGAACGGGAUUUCUUCUUGAAAGAUUGGAAGGUCAUAAGGAUAGUGUUUAUUCUGUUGCAUUUGCUCCUGAUGGUAAGACAUUGGUAUCUGGUAGUUUAGAUAAGACUCUAAAAUUAUGGGACAUGAGUCAUCCCGGAAGGAAUAAUAACGGAUCUGGUCAAAAGAAUCAAUCAAAGACAACGUUUACUGGACACAAGGAUUUCGUGCUGUCGGUAGCGGUUUCACCCGAUGGUCGUUGGGUAGUAUCUGGAUCAAAAGAUCGAGGAGUACAGUUCUGGGAUCCUCAAACGGCACAAACACAAUUCAUGUUACAAGGACACAAAAACUCAGUAAUUUCGGUGGCUCUAAGUCAAACUGGUAAACUUUUUGCCACUGGCUCUGGCGAUUGUCGAGCAAGAGUAUGGCGGUAUCAUGAUGAUGUUUAA